AUGUCGGCAUCUAUUGCGCGCCCUACUACUAGUUCUCUUACUAGAACUAGCAAGCGUGGCGGUAAUGGUAGCGGCAAGCCUCCUUAUAAGCCUUUAGGCAAGGGCGGUCCUAAAGGACACUAUGCUAUAAAGAAGGACUUAGACGAUGCUCGCAAAAAGUCGCGCAAACUGGAUCUCCGCUUCGCUAUUUAG